AUGAUAAGAAAAGCUACUCGACUGUUAUCAACAAGAUCAGUUGUUGAGAAAUUAUUUAAUGUUGUACAAUCAUCAUCAUAUGAUGAAAGGCAAACGAAACUAGAUCAUUUUAUUGAUACUUAUGCACAACUAAGAAAAGCAAUUUAUCCCAAUCUUGUUAAUGAUGUUAUACAACGUUGGGCUACUGAACAACCAAAACGAGAAGCAUUAUGGAUGUGCGAAAAUAAAAAUAAUGAAAGUCAAAAAUUAACAUUUGAUGAUGUAUAUAAACAAUCAUGUCGUUUGGCUAAUGUACUUACUAAUAAAGACUUUGAUUUAACACCAGGUCAAACUGUACUUGCUAUUUUACCUAAUACUGCUAAAGAACGAAUUUUAUUAUUAUUAGCAUGUAUUCAAACUGGUUUAAUCUUUUGUCCAUAUGAUCCAAAAGAUUUAACUAAUCAAGGAAUUUCUCAAAGAAUUCAAAAAUUAGUUGUUGAUUGUGUCAUUACUGAUGAAGAUAAUUUAGAAAUAGUAAGAUGCUAUACCGGUACCCCAUUACGGCCAUUAAAAAAAGGUUUUUUUAUGCCGUGCUCAAAAUCUAAAUUGUCACCAGUUAGUUGGACUCAUUUAACGCAACAUGUUAAUAAUGCUGAAAGUAGAUAUACAAAAUUUGUGAAUAUUAAUCAGAAUACACCUGUUAUACGUUUAUUAUCAAAUAACAAUAAUGUUAUUGAAUAUUCUCAAGAAGCUUUAAAUUUUCGUUUAAUAUUAACAGCUCUUUGGUUAAAUAGCAAUAAAACACCUCGUUUAAUAUGGAUGAAAAAUCAAAAUGAAAUAAUGUCAAUGGCUUCUUGGUUAUUUGGUUCAUCCAUAUUUUAUAAAGAUAUUGAAAAUUUAAAAACAAUGAUUCAAACAUUUGAAAAUUAUCCUAUUGAUGCUUUUUGUUCAACAUUAACUAAUUAUCAAAUGCUUGAUAAUGAACAUGAACAACAACGAGAGAUAAAAACUAAUCUUCAACAAUUAUUUUCUUCUGAAUCAAUUAAUUCUAAAAUUAAAUCUCGUUGGCAUUCAUUGACAAAUCUUAAUAUUCGUGAUGAUUAUGCUGAUUUUUAUAAUAAACCCAUAUUAAACACUUUUUCAACUAAUAUGCGACAAUCAUCAUAUCCUGUUAAUAAAGUAUCAUAUCUGUUAAUAAAUUCCUCAAUGAACCCAAAUACAUUAAACAAAUUUGUUAAUUAA